AUGCCAUUUGCUCCAAUAUUAGGGGUUGAUAACUAUGGCAAAACAGUCGUGUUCGGAGUAGGACUGCUGGAGGAUGAGAGAGCAGACACUUUCAAGUGGCUGUUUGAGGAAUUCCUGUCUGCCAUGGACAACAAGCACCCAGAAACUAUAAUAACAGACCAAGACGUUGCAAUGAGGAUUGCAAUAUCUAAAGCAUUACCUUACACAAUAAGAGGGACUCUGAAGGAAGAACUAAGAGCGGUUAUAAGGAACUCAUUUACUCCAGAGGAAUUCGAAAAUAGCUGGCAUGAUCUACUGGAGCGUCAUAAUGCUUUGGGAGAGCCACACCUGGACAGGAUAUAUGACAUCAGAGCUCAGUGGGUCCUAGCAUAUUUCAAAGAGAGAUUCUUCCCAUUCACUUCAUCGACGGGGAGAAGUGAGAGCACAAACUCCUUAUUCAAACACUAUGUAAAAAGGAAGGACUCGAUUGCAACAUUCUUCAAGGAGUAUAUUAUAAUACAAGAAAAAAAACAGUCCGACCUAGAUCGCCUAAGAGAGAAAAGUGAGUUCAAGGAGUCUGUGAAUUGGGGAUUCAAUCCUCUUGAAAGGGAAGCAAUGAAAAUCUACACAGACCCAAUAUACGGCAAGUUUGCUGAAGAGCUAAGGAAGGGUACUGCUUACAACGUUGAAGUUGUGGAAGAGAAGAGGUUAUACAGAGUCAUUAGGGUGGCUAACUAUAGGAAUGCAGAGUUCCCCAGAUUAAUAUAUGUGGUUAGUGUUUCCUCUGAUGACGAUGUGUACAAAUGCUCGUGCUCAAAGAUGGCUCGCGAUGGAAUACAGUGCCGCCAUGUCAUGAGGGUGGCUAGUCAUAUUGGUUUGACUGAGCUUCCUGUCAGUUUCAUCAACCCUAGAUGGACUACUGCAGCUGGGAUAGAGGUAGCGCGAUUGACGGAGAGAAGAAGCAAUACAGCAUCACAGAAUACACACUUGGCUGUUAGACACGCAAUUGAAAUGAGCAAAAUAUCACACAUACUAUCUACUGUCUGCACGGAUGAUAGGUCAUACGACUUGUUUGCUGAAGGAGUUGCUGAGCUGAAGAAAGCUAUAUGCAAAGAUGCAAUGGAACGCCUCCAGACGAAAGAAAAAGUCACACGUAAGAGAAAAAAGGUUGAUGACCCAGUUCAACAAGAUACUGACAAUAUGCGUCAUGAAGAUAGAGAAGACAACAAUCAUGGACAUAACAAUGAACAGAUACACCAUGAGAAGAAAAAUUCAAGUGACAAAGAAAAAAUGAAGAUGAGCAUCGCCCUUAUAAGGAUCCACCACAGUCAGAAAAUCCAGGGUUCAACCUAG